AAUCACAUUCGGAAUACCAAUGCAUGAUUAGAUUACAGUGUGAAUCCCUGAAUGCGGUAUAUUUUUGCAUUGCCUAAUGUGCGGGUUUGAUUUGAGAUUUACCCCAUGUACCCAAUGUUAAUGCAGACCUAACAGAAAGUCCUGCAAUGAGUAGGCUAACAAGUUGAAAUAUUCGUGGCGUUAGCUACAGCUGUCAAAGGAAUAGCAAAGCAUACCUCCUCAAUGGACAGUUAAUACGGAGAGCGCAACUGGUGUACAGUUUAACGGACAGAAUGCAGUGUUUCAGAACAACAACGUAUUUCCGUCUACAGAGUACACCUUUCUUGACAUCAUACUCCAUCUGCCACACGGGGGCUUUCUGCCUUCAAACUGGAAGGAACUGUAUUCCCCAUACCACUAGGUUUGGUUUACCACGCCUCGCAGAAGCAGGCAGGUUUAUGUGCCAGUCUCGUAGCCUUCACGACCUGAACCAGACAGAUCUCAAAAUGACUGAUCAAGGUUUAACAGACGAGGCUGUGGCAGCUGCAUGCAAGGAUGGAAACCCAAUUACUAAGGAUUUCAUGAUGCAGCAAACUAUGCUGAGAGUGAAGGACCCAGUAAAGUCCUUAGAUUUUUACACACGAAUUCUUGGAAUGAGCUUGCUGCAGAAGUUUGAUUUCCCAUCCAUGCGCUUCUCACUCUACUUCCUGGGUUUUGAGGACAAGAAGGAGAUUCCCAGUGACGUGAAGGAGAGAACGGCCUGGACCUUCUCCCGAAGAGCCACCAUCGAGCUAACACAUAACUGGGGCUCAGAAACGGAUGACAGCCAGUCCUACCACAAUGGAAACUCAGACCCACGUGGAUUUGGCCACAUUGGCAUUGCUGUUCCUGAUGUUUAUGCUGCCUGCAAGCUUUUCGAGGAGCAAGGAGUGACCUUUGUGAAGAAGCCAGAUGAUGGUAAAAUGAAAGGCCUGGCAUUCGUUCAGGACCCCGAUGGUUACUGGAUCGAGAUCUUGAGCCCCAACAACAUGGUCUCCAUCACCUCAUAGAGGCUGCGCCUCAGAGUCCUCAGGGAGCAGGAGUUGUGUUGAUCGUCAUAUGCAAUUAAAGCAUUUGUGGGAGAGGGUAACGAGAACUGGUGGUUUGUGAAACUUGUCACACGGGUCAGAAUAAAGUGUACCUAGCUAUAGCAUCCAGGUCGCUUGGGUGAAUUGGAUGAUGGGUAAUUGUGUUAACUGUGAUAGGAUACUAUGAAAUAAUUAUUUUCUCAAGCAUUAACAUUUUUGUUAAUUAUAGGUUAUGAGACUUCUGAACACUACUUACAUUUUCUGUGGUAGAGUUCUAACAACACAGUCAUGUCGUGUCUUCAAUUGUUGCCAUUUUUGAUCUACAGUAGAUCAAUAAAUGCUACUCUGAAGUCAA